GCGUGCGCUCGCGGGAGAGACAGAGACGGAAAGCGAGAAAUCCCUUCCUCCCCAGCCCAGGCGUGGCUGGCUAGAUCACACACUGUUGAUGUUGAGUGGAGCCUUCCCGUGUGGCGGGAUCUGCCGGGACUCCCACAGGACACUCCACUUGCUUCCUGCUUCCUUCCGUGGGUCCUCCUGGACUGUAGCCCGUUGCCUCGUGUUUCACACUCGUGUCGUCUCCCCGGGUCGCGUACAAGACCUGGAAGCGAGAGAACACGUACUCUUGAAAAAUGGCAGAAGCCGUUUUCCACGCUCCGAAGAGGAAAAGAAGAGUGUAUGAGAAUUACGAGUCUCCAUUGCCCAUCCCUUUUGCUCAGGACCACGGGCCCAGGAAAGAGUUCAAGGUGUUCCGUGCCGAGCUGAUGAACAACAGCGUGAUCGUGAGGAACUCGGAGGACAUGGAGCAGCUGUAUGGGAAGGGUUAUUUUGGAAAAGGCGUUCUUUCGAGAAGCCGUCCGAACUACACAGGCUCAGACCCUAAGCUGGUCGCCAGGUGGAAAGGCAUGAAGACAAACAUGCCUAUAAUCACGUCAGAGAAGUAUCGGCGUCACGUGGAGUGGGCGGCAGAGCUCCUGCGCAGACAAGGGCAGGACGAGGACACGGCGCACGGGGUCCUCGAGGGUUACACGGCGCCACUCGCGCUUCCCGGGACGGGAGGGCACGAAGCGGUCCCAUUGCACAGCGAAGUGGACUCUGACGUGGCUUCCAGCGCGGACAGGGCAGUGGGCAGAGAGGAGCCUUCGGUGACGAGUGGUGACUCUGGAAAGUCAGAGGGUACAGAGGACCCCAGCAGGGGAUCAGACUGCCCGCGGCAGGGCUCUGGGGAUGCCCCGCCACCCACAGACGGCUCCCGUGACUGUGCGGCAGGGGACGGCACGCCCCUGCCCCACGGCCAUUGCUGCAGACAGGACGCGCUCACCCCCCAGUGUGGGCCUCGGCCCGAGGACGGCGGCCAGCAGGGGGGUCUCACCUGUGCCAGCGAGGAGCCUGAGCACGAGUAUGUGCUCGUGGAAGAGGAGGCGUGCGACGGCAGCCCAGACGAGGACGCCCCGAACGAGGAGUUGGUGCAAAAGAAGAGACUCGUAUGCAGAAGAAAUCCGUACAGGAUCUUCGAAUACCUGCAGCUCAGUCUAGAAGAGGCUUUCUUCCUGGUGUAUGCUCUAGGGUGUUUAAGUAUUUACUGUGAGAAGGAGCCUCUGACGAUCAUGGACCUCUGGAGAGCCUUCCCUGCCGCCCAGCCCACCUUCAGGACGACCUACAUGGCCUACCACUACUUCCGGAGCAAGGGCUGGGUGCCCAAAGUGGGGCUCAAGUACGGCACAGAUCUGCUGCUGUAUCGGAAGGGCCCACCAUUUUAUCAUGCAAGCUACUCCGUCAUCGUUGAGCUGGUCGACGACCACUUCGAAGGCUCUCUCCGCAGACCUUUCAGCUGGAAGUCGCUGGCUGCCUUGAGCCGAGUCUCAGUCAACGUCUCCAAGGAACUCAUGCUGUGCUAUCUGAUUAAACCCUCUACCAUGACUGACCAAGAAAUGGAGUCACCAGAGUGUAUGAAACAAAUUAAAGUCCAGGAGGUGCUGCUCAGCCGAUGGGUCUCCUCACGCGAGCGGAGUGACCAGGACGAGCUCUGACGGCAGCUUCCCGUCUCCUCUCGCCCACUGUCGGGGUGUCCUCGAAUACGCCACCGUCAAGGCCGGGUGGUCACCCAGUAGUUUAAACGUGUUAAAGCACUCAGUGCUCCCAGACCGGGAGACUGUCCGUGUUUCCAGAGAAACACACAAACCACACAGGAGAGGAGACAGCCCUUCCCUGGGACUUGUGGGGCAUAGACGUCUUUGCGUGGUCACCGCCUCUCUAUCUGGCCCUGAGCUCCCAGCCUCCGGCCUCUGCCUGGGGCCCCACCUGGUCCUGAGGCCGUUGGAGGAGAUGCACCCCGAGAGCACUCUUCUGCCCACAGGGAAAUAUGUUCCUUGAUCUCACCUGGAAACGGGAAUGUUGGCACGCAUGCCGUGUUCCACGGUGCGUAAAGCACCUCCAUGACUGGCGACUGUACCCACAUCUGAUCUGUUCCUGAGUGAGUGUCAGCAGGUGUAGGGUUAUUGUAACCUACGUUUCAUCAUCUGCAGUGGGAAAAAUACUCAUCAUCGGCUCAGGUUACUCAGAACAACCAAUAUCCCAGAUAUUUUAAAAAUCCCUCUAAGGGCCAGCAGGUGGCAUGGAGGUUAAGGCUGCUGGAUCCCACAUAGCCAACUCCACUGUUCGAGUCCUAGAC